AUGUCUCGCACAACAGACCCUAUUGGCCACUGGGAGGACCCCGAGACAUGGCUAAGUGUCGCAACAGACAGCCUCCUACCCAAGGCUGCUGAAACACUGAAGCAUCAGACACAGGACCAGCUGGAUGACAACAUAACAAGCCUCAUGAGACAAGACCCAAGUCAGAGCUACAGUCACAAAGAACUAGCCAAGAUCACAGGCUCCUUAAGCCACACACUCAUCACCACCUUCGAGCUAGGCAACAGGCACGCUGCCCAUCUCCAGCAGGAGCUGACAUGUGCACAACAACGCGUCAAGCAGCUAGAACUGGAGGCUCAGGAACGACGGGAAGGACCCGAUGAAGUGGAACAAAGCGCAGAGGAGGAGAUCACCAGGCUAAAAGAAACCCUAACAGCUACUACACAAGAAAUGGAACAAGUCAAGGUGGACUACGCUGAUCUCUCCAACAGGCUACAGUAUGCGGAACAGCUCCUGAAAAAGGCAAAUGCUGACUUCAGGGACAAGAACGGCAGAAUUAAAGCCCUUGAAACUCACCUGGAUGAGUCAAGAAAAGAAAUCAGCAGCCUAACACGACAGCUGGACUACAUCAAAGAGGAGUCCUACAGCUUCAGAGAGGAACUCAGACAUGCCUAUGAGCUACACCCUGAGCCUCCAAGGACACGACGGGCACCAGGCUCACCCCUGCCAAGCAGGCCCGGGUCCCCUCUAAAAGAAACUGCUCCAGCCAGCCACAGAUCAUCGCAUGGCUUGGACCUCAAAGACCUCGACAAGCUCCCCAGGAACAUUGGCAAAUUCACCCCAAGUGUGCCAGGUAGCCAGGAUAUCCAAGCUUAUCUGCAAGAUAUCGAUUUCCACCUGGAAAUGAGACCCAAUGUCACUGACAAAGAUAGACUCUAUCUGCUCCGAACAACAUCCAGCUCUGAAGUGUGCAGCUUCCUGGAAUGGCAGCCUGCUCACACAAAGACUGAUUACAACCUGCUCAGAGAAGCCCUCAUCAAAGAAUUCGCUGACCCUGAGUCAAAACAAGGACUAGUGGCUGCCCUGGAGAUGAAACAAGGUCGUCAUGAAUCUCCUCAAGCCUACUACAGUCAACUCAGACGAGCAUACUUUGGAACUCGCAACGAACAGAACAUGGAGGAGGAUGUGAAUUUCAAAACUCUCGUCCUGAGAAACCUUCAUCCUGGGGUAAGCCACCAUCUUGGUGUCCUUGCAUGUCCACGGACAAUGAGAGCUCAACAGUUGCGAGACUUGGCGCACAAAGCCUAUGGCAAACAGAAGAUGGCCUCAGAGAAGGGCGCCAAAACCCCAGCAGUUCUUGACUUCAACACUCAAAGUCAAGGUCUGGCUCUAGAGGGCGCCCAAUAUCAAGACCAUGCCAAGCCGUCACCCAAAGAGUGGAACACACCCUUGUCCAACAGAGAACGGUACUCCCACGCUGGUACCCGACCUAAACAAAGGAACAACCGCUGGGAUGGACCGCAUGGACAACAACACUCACCUGGACGUCACUGGGAGAAGUCAUGGGACUCAUCAAGGCCUCAUGAGAAUCACUGGGAAAGAUUGUGGAAUCAGCCAAGCUCAAGAGGGAAAAACUCGUGGGAAUUCAACGGAACCUCCAAGGGAAAUCGACAAACACACCCUGGAGCAACCAGCCCAAGGAAUCGAAAAAAAACCUCACAAAGAUUCCAAGCUGAAAAUCCAGUCCCUCAGCUCUUAGGCGACCUCAUUGAGAAAGGUAUAGCAAGAAAGUUUUAUCUCUCCAUCAUCAUCAAACGCCACUUCAAAGUCAAAGCCCUUCUCGACACAGGAGCCAACAUCACCCUAAUGUCGACCGAACUCUUCGAAGAAGUCCAAGAAAGAACAAAGAGGUCUAAUAGCACCCUCAAACUUCAAAGGUGCGAGCUGAACCUUCAAGCAUUUUCCCAUACGGGCCUACAACUAAAACAUAUGGCCCCAAUUCACCUAACUGUGGGACCGAUGGACCUCGUUCACACAGUAUACAUCUCACCACUCAACACGUAUCCACUCCUCAUUGGAAAGGACCUGCUUAAUCACUUUGAGCCCUUAAUAGACUUUAAGCACCUAAAGAUAUGGACGCAAGUCCGUGAGCCUCUGCCCUUCCAGUCAGUAGACUCCGAGUCGCAGUGUCAAGACACAGACACCACUGCCAACUCACUGACUGAUGAUGCAAUGUCAAGGCCAGGGCCAAACAACUCCAAGCAGCAAGAACCUGGACCCUUUCCUCUGCUCACUGCAGGUGCCUGA